UAGUUGUUCGAAAGCUCUUCACUUUACCAUGGCGGAAAAGGAAGCGUUCUUGCCGGUAGCGCGGCAGUCGCCCGGCGCCACAUCGAGCCGCAUCUGCUCGGCCGUGACGUUCUUCCCCUUCUACGCAGCGCAGAGACUGCUGUCGUGUCUGGGCUACACGCACUCUAUCCGUAUGCAGAGCGGCCGAACGGUGAUAGUCAGCUCAGAGAUUGCGCAGGGAGGCUUCUCUUUCGUCUAUAAGGCCAGAGACACCGACACGGGCGAGGCUUUCGCUCUCAAGAAGAUUCUAUGUCAGACGAACGAGCAGGUGCAACUAGCCAAAGCGGAGAUUCAAGCGCACAAGGCUUUUGCGCACCCGAACAUCAUGCCACUCUGUGACUACGCCGUGGUAUCCACUGGUGUAGAGAUGUUCGAAUAUUACCUACUGUUUCCGUUCAUGGAGAAUGGAACGCUGCGUGAUAUGAUUAACACUGCAAUCAGCCAAGACGUCCGGAUUCCUGAGGCGCAGAUUCUGGACAUGUUUCUCCAGAUUUGUCGGGCUGUAGCAGAGCUACACUCCAAGUCGCCGCCGCUCGCACAUCGUGAUAUUAAGCCGGAGAAUGUCAUGCUGUCCGACGAGGGCGAGCCGCUGCUAACGGACUUCGGCUCCGUCACCAAUGCUGACGUCACUAUCUCUAAGCGCUCCGACGCACUAUUACUACAAGAGCACGCUGCACAGCAGAGCUCGAUGGCGUAUCGCGCACCAGAGCUCUACGAUGUGCCGGAUAAUACGCACAUUUCCAGCGCCACUGAUGUGUGGUCGCUAGGCUGUCUGCUGUACGCAAUGGCGUUCGGGUACUCGCCGUUCGAGUGCUCCUUCUACGACUCGGGCGUCGUUCGCGUGGUGGAGUGCACAUACCUGGCGGUGAUUGGACCUAUCAAGUUCCCGAAGAACUGCUCGUACUCCUCCAAGUUCUGUGAGAUGAUUCGGUGGAUCCUGAAUCAAGACGCAACCGCCCGACCAACAGUGUUCAAUGUGAUUGAGCGGCUGCAUAACCUUAACGAGUAAAUGUAAUGGUGAAAACGAGCCGCGUAGCCCGUACGAAUGCAAUACCUUGCGUUGUUCUUCAAAGUCACUAGCACGAUGUAGCUUUAAUGACAAGUAAACGGUGGCGGGAGACUGGUGCCAUAGGUAUGAAGCUGGCUAACCACAUUUUCAAGUCAAGCAGCAUCGCCAGAUGCAGUAGUUCUGAACGACGAUACAGCAGAAAUAAAGCACUGUGCACCACGCUAGAUGUCUUCCGUU